CAGAAAGUGAUAGCGCCUGUAAAGGGUCUGAUUGAAAAGUAAUAUACAAUAUACUCAUACAUUAGUUUUCUCCCUACUUGUCUUCAAUGGCGGCUUCAGUGGAGAACCGUCGGUUCACUCAUCUCGAGCCCGCCGUCAACGGCCACGUUCGCACCUUCAAACCCGUUCCCAACAGCCACCGGUCCGACUCGCCGGACUGUGGUCAUCAAAUCCCGUCGAGUCCCCAGAAAAUCGUCGUGACGGGGGGAGAUUCGUCCAGCGAGGACGAAAAUGAGGAGGAUUAUAUAGAGUUGAUACAGAAAGGGAACGGUGAAUUGGAGCCGUCGAUCCGUGACCCCCGAGAUGAGGCCACGGCCGACAGUUGGAUCGAGCGCAACGCUACCAUGGUCCGCCUCACAGGGAAGCAUCCCUUCAACUCGGAACCGCCCCUGGCCCGGCUCAUGCAACACGGGUUCAUCACCCCGGUCCCGCUCCACUACGUGCGGAACCACGGUCCGGUUCCCAAGGGCAGGUGGGAGGACUGGACCGUUGAGGUCUGCGGGCUCGUAAAACGACCCGCCCGGUUCACCAUGGACAAGCUGAUGACCGAGUUCCGGAGCCGUGUGUUCCCGGUGACGCUGGUCUGCGCCGGUAACAGACGUAAAGAGCAGAACAUGGUGAAGAAAACCAUCGGGUUCAACUGGGGGUCCGCAGGAGUCUCCACGUCGGUGUGGCGCGGCGUACUGUUGCGCGAUGUGCUCAAGCGGUGCGGGAUCUUCAGCCGUGGUCGUGGGGCCCUGAACGUGUGCUUUGAGGGCGCUGAGGAUUUGCCAGGUGGCGGUGGGUCCAAGUACGGGACCAGUAUUAAGUACGAGAUCGCGAUGGAUCCUGCGCGUGACAUCAUCUUGGGGUACAUGCAAAACGGCGAGCGUCUGUCGCCGGACCAUGGGUUCCCGGUGCGGAUGAUCAUUCCGGGGUUCAUCGGCGGGCGAAUGGUGAAAUGGCUGAAGCGAAUCAUAGUGACAACUCAAGAAUCUGAUAGUUACUACCACUAUAAUGACAAUAGAGUACUUCCCUCGCACGUUGACGCUGAGCUAGCAAACGCGGAAGCUUGGUGGUACAAGCCUGAGUAUAUCAUCAAUGAGCUGAACAUAAAUUCUGUGAUAACGACGCCGUGCCACGAGGAGAUCUUGCCGAUAAACUCGUGGACAACGCAGAGGCCAUACACUUUGACGGGCUAUGCAUAUUCUGGAGGUGGGAGGAAAGUGACACGUGUUGAAGUCACUAUGGAUGGUGGAGAGAAGUGGCACGUGUGCGCGUUGGACCACCCGGAGAAGCCCAACAAAUACGGCAAAUAUUGGUGCUGGUGCUUCUGGUCACUGGAGGUGGAGGUGUUGGACCUGCUUGCAACCAAGGAGGUUGCUGUUCGAGCUUGGGAUGAGGCCCUCAACACCCAGCCUGAGAAGCUCAUUUGGAAUGUCAUGGGAAUGAUGAAUAACUGCUGGUUCCGCGUGAAAACAAAUGUGUGCAAGCCAUACAAGGGGGAGAUUGGAAUCGUGUUUGAGCACCCAACGCUACCGGGAAACCAGUCCGGCGGAUGGAUGGCCAAGCAAAAGUAUCUCGAGACAUCGUCCGAUGCAAAUAAUGCCCUCAAGAAGAGCCUCUCAUCCCCUUUCAUGAACACGUCUUCAAAGACGUACUCAAUGUCCGAGGUAAAAAGGCACAACUCAGCCGAAUCGGCUUGGAUCAUUGUCCACGGCCACAUCUACGAUUGCACUCGAUUCCUCAACGAUCACCCAGGUGGCGCCGACAGCAUUCUCAUUAAUGCCGGCACUGACUGUACCGAAGAGUUCGACGCCAUACACUCUGACAAGGCCAAGAAAAUGCUCGAGGAAUAUCGGAUUGGCGAGUUGAUCACGACGGGUUAUUCUUCCGACUCGCCCAAUAGCACAGUGCAUGGCGCGUCGAACACAAUAUCCCGCCUCGAUUCAAUCAAAGAAAUCGCGCCUCUAACAAGAAGCGCCGCUCUCAUCCCUGGUGCAAAAUUCAAGGCCAAGCUUGUGGAGAAAAAAACAAUAUCCCAUAACGUGCGGCUUUUCCGAUUCGCAUUACCAUCCGAUGAUCAAGUCUUGGGCUUGCCGGUUGGAAAGCAUAUAUUUGUGUGCGUGACCAUAGAUCACAAAUUGUGCAUGCGAGCUUACACUCCAUCGAGCUCCGUUGACGAAGUUGGGUAUUUUGAUCUAAUAGUUAAGAUUUACUUCAAAAAUGUUCACCCGAGGUUUCCCAAUGGAGGGCUUAUGUCACAACACUUGGACUCGCUUCCAAUUGGUUCGGUUAUAGACGUGAAGGGUCCAUUAGGCCACGUGGAAUACACAGGGCGUGGCAACUUUUUGGUUCAUGGCAAACCCAAGUUUGCCAAGAGGCUAGCCAUGCUGGCCGGUGGGACCGGAAUCACACCCAUCUAUCAAGUGGUUCAAGCCAUUUUGAAUGACCCGGAGGAUGAGACAGAGAUGUUUGUGGUGUACGCGAAUCGCACUGAGGACGAUGUUUUGCUGAGAGAGGAGCUUGAUGAUUGGGCUAAGAAGCACGAGAACUUUAAGGUGUGGUACGUGGUACAAGAAUCUGUGAGGGAAGGGUGGCAAUACAGUGUGGGAUCCAUCACUGAGAGUAUUCUACGGGAGCACAUCCCGGAGGGAUCAGACGAUGCUUUGGCGUUGGCGUGUGGACCCCCGCCAAUGAUUCAGUUCGCAGUGCAGCCCAAUUUAGAGAAGAUGAAUUAUGAUAUCAAGAAUUCAUUGCUAUUAUUUUAGAGGGUCGAAACGUUCAUCACAAGUAUAUACUGCAAUCCCUUGUACUAGAAACUUGGCUUUUAGCGGAGACGGAAAUCGUGGCGCUGUAUACUCAAAAGGUCGAUGUAAUAAGUCGUCGGAGUUGUCCGAUAGAAAAAGGUUCUCAGUUCUCAUACGGUGUUUGAUGUAGAGAAUAUAUAUAUGUAAAGGCUAUAUUCAUGGUUUG